AUGCGGAACGUGGAGAACGCGCGACAAAAAGAGGCUGAGGCCAUGGUGCGCCGAGCUUGCCGGGAAAUGGAGCUCCUCACCACUGUAGUCCUGGACCAGCUGGAGGUUGCGCUGAAAGAUUCCAUGAUGAGCUUGCGGCGAGCGGCGCAGCGGCAACCUGGUUUCUUGCAAAGCCGAGCAUCGAAAUUGCCCUCGCUGGCGAAUGUCCGACUGCUGCCCAGCAAUGGGUUUCAGACAGUUCCUGACGUUGCGGCCACUUUGGAGCAGCAGCGCGACAAGCAGGAGGGCGCCCCAAGUGGCGACCUGCGCUUGACGUGGCUUGAGUUCUGCCUGGCUUGCGCGGACUUGAUACCUUGCUUUCUGGCAAGGUGCAGUGAGGUGGCCCUUGCAGAGCUCGGAAAGCCGGCUGGGCCGGCUGGUGGCAAGCAGAACAUUUUUGCGGUGGACAUGUUCGGUUCUGUGCGCCUGGCUUGGGCAGUGCUGCUUGUUAGCUCGGCGUCUGCUCAGCUUGCCAGCGAGCUCACAAAGGAGCAGCUGAAGCCGCUGACAGUUUUCCGACAGCAGCAUCGGAUGCGUGCAGCAAACGCGCCCCCUUGUUGCGGGGCCGUGCGGAUGUGUUUGAACUCUUUGUGGCUGGCAGUUGUGGAUUAUGACGCGCUGCGAAGUUCUGCUGCCGCGGGCGCAGUGGCCGCCGCCGAGAAAAACAUUUUUGCGGUGGACAUGUUCGGUUCUGCGCGCCUGGCUUGGGCAGUGCUGCUUGUUAGCUCGGCGUCUGCUCAGCUUGCCAGCGAGCUUACAAAGGAGCAGCUGAAGCCGCUGACAGUGGAUGGCCGCCUGUGCGCGGCCUGUGCGCGGCUGCUUUUGUGCAGGCGUGGCGAACCGCGCGCCCCGAGCCCCGACGGAGGAAGCGGGAGAGAGUGGUGUUAUGUCGAAGCCCAGGCGCGUGAGAGGAUGUGUUGGAACUCUUUGUGGCUGGCAGUUGUGGAUUAUGACGCGCUACGAAGUUCUGCUGCCGCCGGCGCAGUGGCCGCCGCCGAGAAAGUGAAGUCUUAUGUAGUGAAGUUUGGAAAAGCCCAGCGCGCCUCCGAGAACUACGACUGGGUCUUGAUGCUGUCAGCGCCUAGCGCCGUCGGUCAAGUUCAAGGGAAGAAGGGUGAUUUUCGCCAGAACAUUUUUGCGGUGGACAUGUUCGGUUCUGCGCGCCUGGCUUGGGCAGUGCUGCUUGUUAGCUCGGCGUCUGCUCAGCUUGCCAGCGAGCUUACAAAGGAGCAGCUGAAACCGCUGACAGCCCCGAGCCCCGACGGAGGAAGCGGGAGAGAGUGGUGUUAUGUCGAAGCCCAGCUUGUGUCGUCUGGCAAGAGUGAGUCCUGGGGCUAUUGCGGCCAGUGUUGUGGAUUAUGA